GUGCCCACAAGGCCCCAUCGUCUGUUGAGUUGAAGGAGUGAGGAGAGAGGAAGAAAAAAGGCAGUGUGUUUGGUUGACUCGCUCCAGUCCAGUCGUCGGUGCGCCACCCACAAAUCACUAGUAGUACUAUCCUAGGCCAGCCGCCAGGAACGGCUGCCUCCUCAACCACCCGUUACUCCUAGUCCAUCUCCACACACGUUCAUCCAGCUCCGGCGCAGCCACCCACCCUGUCCCUGCCACCUCUCCAGCUACACCUCGGCUCGCCCGUUCGACCUCUCUGCAGCGGCCGUCGCUGGGGUCGAGAUGUCCGCCGUGAGCGUGACGAUUGGGGUGAUGAGGCCCCUCCUCGGCAAGCUCGCGGAGCUGGCUGGCGGCGAGUACAACAAGCUCAAGGGGGUGAAGAAGCAGGCGUCCUUCCUCGAGAAGGAGCUCAGCGCGAUGAACUUCGCACUUGAGAAGAUGGAGCUCAUGGAUGAGCUCGAUCCGGUGGCUAGGGACUGGAGAGACCAUGUCCGGGAGAUGUCCUAUGACAUGGAUAAUUGCAUCGACGACUUCGUGCGUCAGUUUGGAGGUGGUCAUGCCAAGGUAGGCUUCAUCAAGAAGACCGCCCGACGUCUGAAGAUGUUGGGAGAACGCCAUCGGAUUUCUGACCGGAUGGAAGAGCUCAAGGCUCUUGCGCUAGAGGCAAAUGAACGACGCCUCAGGUACAAGAUUGAUGAAUGCAAUCCUAACUCUAGCUCUGUGACUAUUGAUCCUCGGAUGUCAACGAUAUAUGUGGAGGAAGCUGGCCUUGUGGGCAUUGAAGGCCCAAGUGAGGAGCUUCUCAAUUUGUUGACAGAUACUGAGGAGAAGCUCAAAGUGGUGUCCAUUUUGGGAUUCGGAGGAUUGGGUAAAACUACACUAGCCAAACAGGUGUACGAUGAGAUCAGAGGGAAGUUUGAAUGUACAGCAUUUGUUUCCGUAUCCCAAAGACCUAACAUGACAGGGCUUCUCUAUCGUAUACAACUAAAACUUGGAAUGAAUCGGUCUUCUCGGGUAUAUGAGGUGCAAGACAUCAUUGAAGACCUUAGGCAAUAUCUCACACACAAAAGGUACCUUAUUGUAGUUGACGACUUGUGGGACCAGUCAGCAUGGAACACUAUCAGUCGCGCCUUUCCAGAAAAUGCUAAUGGGUGUAGAGUAAUAGUAACCACACGAGUGGAAGGCGUGGCUUAUGGAGCAUGUUAUGGUCACCCUGAGUGCAUUUAUGGAAUGAAGCCCCUUGGCGAGAAAGACUCAAAAAAGUUGUUUCUCCAUAGAGUAUAUGGGUGUGAAGAGGACCAUCCAUCCCAAUUGGAAGACAUUUCAACUGAAAUUCUUAAGAAGUGUGGUGGGCUCCCACUUGCAAUUAUUACUAUUGCUAGCCUAUUAGCUAGUCAUCCUGAAGAGUUAAGGGAUGAGUGGAAGAGCAUCAGGAAUUCGCUUGGAACCCAGUUUGCGGCAAAUCCCACGCUGGAAGGGAUGAAGAAUAUAUUAAACCUUAGCUACAUCCAUCUUCCCCUUCAUCUCCGGGCAUGUUUCCUUCACCUUGGUAUAUAUCCAGAAGACCGCGAGAUCGAGAGGGAUGAUUUGGUUCGACAAUGGUCGGCCAAAGGACUUGUCAAUAAAUUGCAUGGGCAAGAUUCUGAGGUUGUUGCCAAGAGCUAUUUUAAUGACCUUAUCAAUAGAAGCUUGAUUCAGCCUGGGCGUACUGAGGAUGGCGAGUUGGUAUCAUGCAGAGUACCUGAUAUGAUGCUCGACUUGAUCUUAAGUAAGUGUGAAGAGCAUAAUUUUCUGAGAGUUGAAUGCAAUUCUGAAGACAUAGCACGAGACCAUGGCCGAAAAUAUAAGGUCCGUCGUAUAUCGAUGAAUUUCAGUAAUGAUGGUGCAACAGAUGGGAUAAUAUCAGGGAGCAAUCAUUCUAGCCUGUCACAAGUUCGAUCACUUGCUCUUUUCGGGGAAUCGAAGUACAUGCCCCCUCUUUUGCAUUUCAAGCAUCUUAGGGUGUUUUUCUUUAAAAGUUUUUGUGACAAAGCUAUUGAUCUCACUGUUGUUAGCCAAUUGUUCCAACUAAGGUAUUUAAAUGUUUCAUUUGAAGGAAACAUAAAACUCCCUACUAAAAUACAGGGCCUUGUGCAUUUGGAGACACUAGAAUUACAUUGCAAUGAGUUAGAAACCCCAUCGGAUAUAGCUCUCUCUAAAAGUUGGGGUGCCAAACCAAUUGAUCUCACUGCUAUUAGCCAAUUGUUCCAACUGAGGCAUUUAAAGAUUUCAUUUAGAGGAUUCUCACUUGAAAGGAAAAUUGAACUCCCUACUCAAUUGCAAGGGCUUGUGCAUCUGCGGACACUGGAAUUAGAUUGCUCCGGAGAGUUAGAAAUCCCAUCAGAUAUAGUUCACUUGCUCCGCUUAUCCCACUUGACAGUUCCAUUUGGGACCCAGCUGCCUAAAGGUAUUAAGAACAUGACAUCAUUGCACACUUUGGGUCGGUUCGACCUGGAUGAGAGCUCAUUGGAGGAUAUCGAGGGACUCGGUGAGCUGACCAAUCUAAGACGUCUGGGGCUCUCAGUGUCUUUUCCAGACCAUUUAAGGACUACAGCAUGGGUUGCUUUGGCUCAUUCUAUUGGGAUGUUGCAUGAUCUCAGACAUCUCUGUGUCAGUGGCGAUUCCUCUCAUACGAGCGACAUGUUGGGCUCAUUAUCAGAUCAUUCUCCUCAUAUCAAGGUACUUGAGCUGGGUCGUCUUAGGAUGCCUAGAGUUCCCAAAUGGAUUUGUGGUCUCCAAUGCCUCUGCCGGCUAGAGCUGAAUGUUGACACGUGCACUGACGAGUUGCACGCUCUUGGAGAGCUGCCCUCUCUCGUGCACCUCCGUUUACAUAUGUGGAGCUUCUCUGCGGGAUCAUUUCCAGUUCUAGAGUUAUGUGAAUGUAAAUCAGAGUAUGAUGUUACUGCGUACCUGGCCUUUGGGGCAGGGGCUAUGCCCAAACUAAGUUGGCUUGAACUACAAUUCGACAAGAGUAACUGGGGCGGCUCUGCACCAGUUGGCUUGGAGCACCUGUUGAGCCUCAAUUCUGUCUAUGUAAUCAUCCGCGGCCCCGAAGAAGCGAAGGAGGAAGCAGAGUCUGCCUUCAGGAACUGCAAGCCGAGGUGGAGGGAAGUUCUAUUCAGCAAAAGUCGUCACGACACAGUUCGUCAGAUUUUUUGGAGCCAGUUUUGGUUUUCCUUUUUGCUGUUGUAUAUCAUCACCAUUCUGCUACUCACAGUCUUAGACUACUAUCCAAUGAUGAACUAUAGUAUAACUUCACCAGAUUUUCCUCGGAAGUGGAUGGGAGAGAGCGAAAAGCUGGCUGCAAACAUGUUUGACAUGGCUUGUGAAAAUGUGCCCUUCGUCGUCUACAUCGAAUUCUUUGUCAAGACUCAAGACAGAGCUGCUCGUCUAGAACUCCAAAUGCACGUGACAUCUUUAGAUAACAUUGUAGAUGCAUUGAAUGAGUGUGAAACAACCAAAUUUGUUGGUGCGCGUGAUCCAAUCUUCAUUUUCACAAUUUUUGGUGAUGCACUUUUAGUGGGAGGAGACGGUCCCGUCGACGACGAAUAUCCGGCGCAGCCACCCACCCUGCCCCGAAAACCUCACCCAUUCGACUUAGCCGCCACACCACUCCAGCACAGCGUCGCCCUGAAUCACUUGCAGCCCGUUCGACUUGCCACCACUCGGGUCAAGAUGCCGGUGAGCGCGACGAUAGGGGUGAUGAGGCCCCUGCUCGGCAAGCUCGCCGCCCUGGCAGGGGAAGAGUACAGCAAGCUGAAAGGGGUGAAGAAGCAAGCGUCCUUUCUGGAGAAGGAGCUCAGCGCCAUGAACGCCGCCCUGGAGAAGAUGGAGCUCAUGGACGAGCUCGAUCCGGUGGCCAGAGACUGGAGGGACCACGUCAGGGAGAUGUCCUUCGACAUGGAUAAUUGCAUAGAUGACUUCAUGCGCCAGUUUGGAGGCGGUCAUGCCAAGCUAGGCUUCAUCACCAAGACUGCUCGACAUCUCAAGAUGUUGGGACAACGCCAUAGGAUCGCUGACCGGAUGGAGGAGCUCAAGGUUCUUGCGCUAGAGGCAAAUAAUCGGCGCAUCAGCUCUGCGACCAUUGAUCCUCGGAUGUCGACGAUAUAUGUGGAGGCAGCUGGUCUUGUGGGUACUGAUGGCCCAAGGAAGGAGCUUAUCAAUUUGUUGACUAAUACUGGAGAAAAGAAGCUCAAGGUGGUGUCCAUUAUGGGAUUCGGAGGACUGGGUAAAACUACACUUGCCAAACAGGUGUACGAUGAGAUCGGAGGACAGUAUGACUGCACAGUUUUUGUUCCAGUAUCCCAAAGGCCUAAUAUGACAGGAUUUAUGACAGGACUUCUCUAUCGUAUUUCUGUACAACUAAACCUUCAAAUGGAAAGGUCUUCUCCGGCAUGUGAGCUGCAAGACAUCAUAAAUGACCUUGGAAAACAUCUCACACAUAGGAGGUACCUUAUUGUACUUGAUGACUUGUGGGACCAAUCAACAUGGAAUACUAUCAGCCGCGCCUUUCCAGAAAAUGGUAAUGGAAGUGGAGUAAUAGUGACCACACGAGUGGAAGAUGUGGCUUUUGGAGCAUGUCGCAGUCGCCCUGGGUGCAUUUAUAGAAUGAAGCCCCUCGACGAGCAAGACUCAAAAAGGUUAUUUUCUCGGAGAGUAUAUGGAUCUGAAGAUGAUCAUCCAUCCCAAUUUGAAGAAAUCUCAGCUGAAAUUUUGAAGAAGUGUGGGGGACUCCCACUUGCAAUCAUUACUAUAGCUAGCCUAUUAGCUAGUCGUCCUGAAAGGUUAAGGGAUGAAUGGGAGAGCAUUAGGAAUUCUCUUGGAGCCCAGCUUGCGGCAAAUCCCACAUUGGAAGGGGUUAAGAGUAUAUUAAACCUUAGCUACAUCCACCUUCCUCUUCAUCUCCGUGCAUGUUUGUUGCACCUUGGUAUAUAUCCUGAAGAUAGCGAGAUCAAGAGGGAUGAUUUGGUUCGACAAUGGUUGGCUGAAGGAUUUGUCAGUAAUUUGCAUGGGCAAAAUGUGGAGGUUGUUGCCAAGAGCUAUUUUAAUGACCUUGUCAAUAGAAGCUUGAUUCAGCCUGGACGUAUGGAGGACGGCGAGUUGUUAUCAUGCAGAGUACAUGAUAUGAUGCUCGAUUUGAUAUUAAGCAAGUGUAAUGAGCAUAAUUUUCUAAGAGUUGAAUGCAAUUAUGAAGACAUGGCAAGAGAUCAUGGUCGGAAAUAUAAGGUUUGUCGUAUAUCCAUGAACUUCAUUAACGGUGGUGCAACAAAUGACAUAGCAUCAGGGAGCAUUCGAUGUAGCCUAUCAAAAGUUCGAUCACUUUCACUUUUCGGGAAAUGCAACUACAUGCCCCCUCUUUUGCAUUGUAAGUAUCUCAGGGUGCUUCUCUUCAAUAGUUGGGGCGACAAAGUAAUUGAUCUCACUGAUAUUAGCCAAUUGUUCCAACUGAGGUAUUUAAAAGUUUCAUAUAAAGGAGAAAUCAAACUCCCUACUAAAAUGCAAGGGCUUGUGCAUUUGGAGACACUUGAUUUAGCUUGCUAUCUAGGGCCAGAAAUCCCAUCAGAUAUAGUGCACUUGCCCCGCUUAUCCCACUUGAUGGUUUCACAUCGGAUCAAGCUGCCUAAAGGGAUCAGGAACAUGAAGUCAUUGCACACUUUGCAUGGGUUUCACCUGAUGUGCAGCUCAUUGGAGGAUAUUGAGGGACUCGGUGAGUUGACCAAUCUAAGGAGCCUGAUUCUUUUUCUGUUAUCCUGGGACGUCCCUUCUGAACAAGAACGAGCUGUUGGAGGUUCUAUUGCGCUGUUGCAUGACCUCAGAUAUCUCAACAUCAAGGGAUGGUCCUCUUAUACGAGUGACCUGUUGGGCUCAUUAUCAGAUCAUUCUCCUCAUAUCAAGGUACUUGAGCUGGGUCGUCUUAGGAUGCCUAGAGUUCCCAAAUGGAUUUGUGGCCUCCAAUGCCUCUACCGGCUAGAGCUGGAUGUUGACACGUGCACCGACGACGAGUUUAACGCUCUUGGAGAGCUGCCCUCUCUCGUGCACCUCAGUUUACGUAUGCGGAGCAUCCCUGAAGACAGUUGUGUCACUUUCUCCGCAGGAACAUUUCCGGUUCUGGAGCACUUUAAAUGCACAUCAAAUUAUGAUGUUACUGCCUACUUGGCCUUUGGGGCAGGGGCUAUGCCCAAACUAAGUUGGCUUGAACUAGGGUUCGGGAAGAGUAACUGGGGCGGCGCUACACCAGUUGGCUUGGAGCACCUGUUAAGCCUCAAGGUUAUUUAUGUGUUCAGACGCUACCCCGAAGGAGAGAUGGAGAGAGCAGAAGCAGAGUCUGCAGAGUCUGCCUUCAAGAACUAUAUGCAGGUGCAUCCAAACAGUCCUGAUCUUCAUUUUCACUAG